AGUAUAGACAUAUGUUGUAACAAGAAAUCUACCAGUAAAAUAAAUUCAAAUUUGUCAAGAAAAUAUAGAAAUUUUUAUUUAAAAUUCGUUGAGGACCAAAAAUCAAACAUGGCUUGUCGCUGCAGAUAUCUGAAACAGAUAUUGACCAAGUGUUGCUUCUGCUAUUCCCUGCGUUUCGGGGUGCUGCUCUUUGGAUGCAUCUUUCUGACCUGGUUCCUGUAUAUCACCAUCGGAACCGGCUUUAUGAUGGAGUGCAUCUUCCCAAAUGAGUACCAAAAGUCCCUCUUCCCAGCACCGGCGGCCCUCAAGGCCACCAUGGUGUUCUCCUUCUUCGGGAUCAUUGCUUCAGCCUUGCUAUGCAUGGGAGUGCAUAAUAACAACGAGAUGCUCUUUAUACCCUUUUUGGGAUUUGUGCCAAUUUGGAUAAUCGUACACAUUUUCGCCUUGACCGUCUAUACAUUUAAUACUGUCAUCAUAGUCCUGACAGUCAUCACUAUGUUUAUUUUGCUGUAUGCAUGGUUUGUGGUUUGGUCCUACUAUAUAGAACUGCUAUUCGCCUACGAUGAUGAGUUGGAAACCGGUUAUGUCUAAUAUCUGAGAUUUAUGAUGCAAUGAAUGCAAUGGAUGA